GACCAUGGCGUCCUCCUCGGCCCCGCCGGCCACCGUACCGGCGAGUACCGCGGGCCCCGGCCAGGGUUUCGGCUUCGCUUCCAAGACCAAGAAGAAGCAUUUCGUGCAGCAGAAGGUGAAGGUGUUUCGGGCGGCUGACCCCCUAGUGGGCGUGUUCCUGUGGGGCGUAGCCCACUCGAUCAAUGAGCUCAGCCAGGUGCCUCCCCCUGUGAUGCUGCUUCCAGAUGACUUUAAGGCCAGCUCCAAGAUUAAGGUCAACAAUCACCUUUUCCACAGGGAAAAUCUGCCCAGUCAUUUCAAGUUCAAGGAGUAUUGUCCCCAGGUCUUCAGGAACCUCCGUGAUCGAUUCGGCAUUGAUGACCAGGAUUACUUGGUAUCACUUACCCGAAGUCCCCCAAGUGAAAGUGAAGGCAGUGAUGGUCGCUUCCUUAUCUCCUAUGAUCGGACUCUGGUCAUCAAAGAAGUAUCCAGUGAGGACAUUGCUGACAUGCAUAGCAAUCUCUCCAACUACCACCAGUACAUUGUGAAGUGCCAUGGCAGCACACUGCUGCCCCAGUUCCUGGGGAUGUACCGAGUUAGCGUGGACAAUGAAGACAGCUACAUGCUUGUGAUGCGCAACAUGUUUAGCCACCGUCUUCCUGUGCACAGGAAGUAUGACCUCAAGGGCUCCCUGGUGUCCCGAGAAGCCAGCGAUAAGGAAAAGGUUAAGGAAUUACCCACCCUUAAGGAUAUGGACUUUCUCAACAAGAACCAGAAAGUUUAUAUUGGUGAAGAGGAGAAGAAAAUAUUUCUAGAGAAGCUAAAGAGAGACGUGGAGUUCCUAGUGCAGCUGAAGAUCAUGGACUACAGCCUUCUACUGGGCAUACACGACAUAGUUCGUGGCUCUGAACCAGAGGAGGAGGGGCCUGUGCGGGAGGAGGAGUCAGAGGGGGAUGGGGACUGUGGCCUGACUGGACCUCCUUCUCUGGUGGGCUCCUACGGCACCUCCCCUGAGGGUAUUGGUGGCUACAUCCAUUCUCAUCGGCCCCUGGGCCCUGGAGAGUUUGAAUCCUUCAUUGAUGUCUACGCCAUCCGGAGUGCUGAGGGGGCCCCCCAGAAGGAGGUGUAUUUCAUGGGCCUCAUUGAUAUCCUGACACAGUAUGAUGCCAAGAAGAAAGCAGCUCAUGCAGCCAAAACUGUCAAGCAUGGGGCUGGGGCAGAGAUCUCUACUGUCCAUCCUGAACAGUAUGCUAAGCGAUUCCUGGAUUUUAUUACCAACAUCUUUGCCUAAGAGACUUGGUGGUGACUGCUUUUUUAUGUUCAAGGUGGAGUUCUAAGAAGCUAGAGGGAAUUAUGGGUAUUCUGGUCACUACUUCUUUUCCUCUUUGCUAAAUUCAGGCUAUAGGCUCCUCCCAUCCAAAUAACUCCAUCUUAUUGACUAGGCUCUUCCUGGCCCUCAGAAAUGCAUAAUCUUUUCUCCCCUUUGCCCAAUUUUCUUCCCUCUGUCCCUUCCCUCAACAUGUCUGCUUGCUUCAUUAGAGUAUUACUAUUGAUUCUCUCCCAAGUGCCUUGAUUUUUAUAAAAUGUUCUAUUGUUUCUAUAAUAUAGGAGGAGCUGGGGGGAGGGAGUUAUUUGCCGUCUUCAGUACCUGACUGGACAGAUGGACUUGGCUCAAGAAACUACUAUGGAUGCACUUUGCUCUGUGGGAUGAACUAAGCAUGUCUGAAUUUUGCUGAUAACUUUAUAGAACUCACUGUGGCAUACUUCCUUCCAGCUAGGGCCCAGGAUGGAAGACUUUCAAGAUACUACAGAUGUGGGUGCAGGCAUGCACACAAGAUGGAUUAUGGCUAAUCUUACACAUAGAGGUGGGGUGGAGAAUGGUCAGCAGGCUGGCAACUCAAGGAGGUGGGAAUUUAGAGGAUCCUUGUGAUUAUGCAGGGAACUGGAGAAAGUGUCUGCCAAGGAUUGACCAUUCUCUUCAAUCUCUUCCCUCACCCACUUUCACCCUCACUUCUGUACUACUGGGCACAGGAGCCCAGAGAUGGAUGGCCAGAGUGUUCAAGCUUGAGUGAAGGUGUUUGACUAUUGCUGCUCUUCUCCAGGACCUCACACCCCUUCUGGCUCUGGAACCCUUCAGUGGGGGUGUGGCCAGUUCUGGAGGCUGGGAUGAUAGGCCAGGGGUAUAAGGUGCUGUCUUCCUGGCCCUCAGAAAUGCAUAAUCUUUUCUCCCCUUUGUCCAAUUUUCAUUCCCCCUGUUAAAUUUCCUUUCUUCAUGUCUAGCCAUCCCUGAGGUUUUAUUCCCAGGAGAAGGGAAUAUCUCUACCUGGGUCAACCCUGGUCAUUUCAAGAGAAUAGAGGUCUCUACUCCCUGGAGGUGUGUGCCUGCAUACUUCCUUCCACCACUCCUUCUCAAGCCCUUUUUCCAGUUUGAUUUGUCAUUCUGUUCUCUUCUGUCCCGUUUUAUUGCUGCUGUAUCUCCCAGGAGACAGAUGGCCUUCUUUGUCAUCUUCACUCUCCACCCCCAGAGAGGAGUCAGAGCCAUAACUCAAUCACCCAGCCCCCUCCAAAGAUAGCUGAGUUGAUGCUUGAUAUUCUCAGAAUGUAGGGGACCCUAAUGAGCCCAGAUAGUGCCCUCCCGACCCUCCAAUGCCUUUGGGACAAAGGCAGCCAUUCUUCCUGUUAUCCUGCAUACCCCUUGAGAUUCUACUUUUUUUUUUGGUAUGUGCCCCUUGUGAGAACCGAACCCAGGACUCUGGUCCGCAGGCCAAUGCUCCAGCCGCUGAGCCAAACCGGCCAGGGUGAGAUUAUACAUUUUUAAAAAAUAAAAGAUGGACAUCAGAAACUGGCCUGAGGUGAUGCAGAUUCUUUUUCUGUAUCUGGCUGGACUGAUCUGACUCACAAGAAGUCACAAGGUCAUAAAGAAGAAUUCCUGCCCUGGCUCGUGUGGCUCAGUUUGGUUGGAGCAUCGUCCUGUACAC